GUAUAUUAAUUUAUAGACAGGUAUAAACAUAGCUCAGUUUGUUUAAUGUAAGUAAAACAUUGGAAACAGACGUAGAUAAACAUUAACUUCUGACUGGAACGUAGUUUUAUUUCGGCCAUAGUCUUAUAUCACGUAGGCAUAGAAAUAUAAAAGUUUCACUCUGGGACGAUUCUCGCGAGUGUUAGCACUUGUAUCAAUAUACAACCGAUAACAAAGGAGACAGUUAUACACCAACCAUCAAAGUUUAUUGUGUGUCAGAAGAGAGGUAAAUAUCCUGUGCUCCAGUUACCUUGUGACGAGUAUAAACUGUGUCAGGACAAAUACCCCGUGAUGGUAUUUGUUUUCAUAUUUAUCACACUCUUACAUGUCGCAGCGGAUGUUUACCAUCUUCCAAGUAACCUGUUCGUGACCGGAAAAUCUUUUUGGAGUCAAGUGCGUAUUUACCGUAUAUAAGGUAACAAGGUGUAUUACGGGGGCUGAGAUUCACGGCCUGUGAGGCCAACGAGAUUUAAAGCGUAAGAAGAUGGCAAGUAAAAAGGCGUUGACAGUUUAAAGAGGUGGCCAAGGUUUUACAGUAUAAAUCGACGUCCGAGGCUGACAGUAUAUAGAAAUUAAAAGUAUGAAGAAAUCCGUGCAGUUGACGAAGUGCCAGAGGUUGACAAUAUAUAGAGGUCACAGAAAAAGACAGUGUAAAGAGAUGACCGAGGUUGAAAACGGAAGAGGUGGUCAAGGACAGUGUAAAUAGAGGAUAGAGUUUCACAUAAUAAACAGGUGAUUGCGACUAUAGAGAGGUGGCUGUAGUUGACAGUAAAAAUAGGUGCUGGAGUUGAUAGUAUGAAGAGAUGCCGGAAGUUGACAAUACAAGGAGGCUAAUAAAUUUGACAAUAAAUGAGGCGACCAGAGAUUAUAGAGGUCACCGCAGUUAACAGUGUAAAGGUAACCAAUGUUGACAAUGAGGUGUCCGAGGUAGACAGUACUAAAGGGUGACAGUUUCACAUUAAAAGAGGUAACUGAUGUUGACGUUAUUAAGACGUGACUUAGGCUAACAUGAGAUGACUGAGGUUGACAGUAUAGAGGUAACUGAUGUUGACGUUAUUAAGACUUGACUGGGGCUAACAUGAGAUGACUGAGGUUGACAGUAUAGAGGUGACGGAGGUUGACAUUAUUAAGAGAUCACUGAGGUUGACAUUAUUAAGAGAUGACUGAGGUUGACAGUAUAGAGGUGAAUGAGGUUGACAUUAUUAAGAGGGUGACAUCAUUAAGAGGUGAGGGAGGUUGACAGUAUAGAAGUGACGGAGGUUGACAUUAUUAAGAAGUGAUGGAGGUUGACAUUAUUAAAAAGUGACGGAGGAUGACAUUAUUAAGAGGUGAGGGAGGUUGACAUUAUUAAGAGGUGAGGGAGGUUGACAUUAUUAAGAGAUGACUGAGGUUGACAUUAUUAAGAGAUGACUAAGGUUAACAGUAUAGAAGUGAUGGAGAGUGACAUUAUUAAGAGGUGAGGGAGGUUGACAUUAUUAAGAGAUGGCUGAGUUUGCCACUAUAGAGGUGACGGAGAUUGACAUUAUUAAGAGGUAACAGAGAUUGACAGUAUUAAGAGAUGGCUGAGGUUGACAGUAUAAAGGUGACGGAGAUUGACAUUAUUAAGAGGUGACGGAGAUUUACAUUAUUAAGAGGGGACAGAGAUUGACAUUAUUAAGAGGUGACUGAGGUUGACAGUAUAGAGGUGACUGAGGUUGACAUUAUUAAGAGAUGACUGAGGUUCACGUUAUUAUGUGGUGACUGAGGUUGACGUUAUUAAGAGAUGACUGAGGUUGACGGUAUAGAGGUGACGGACGUUGACAUUAUUAAGAGAUCAGGGCGGGUUGACAUUAAUAAGAGAUGACUGAGGUUGACGGUAUAGAGGUGACGGAGGUUGACAAUAUUAAGAGAGGACUGAGGCUGACAUUAAGAGAGGACUGAGGCUGACAUUAUUAAGAAGUGACUGAGGUUGACAGUAUGGAGGUGACUGAGGUUGGCAUUAUUAAGAAAUGACUCAGGUUGACAGUACAGAGGUGACGGAAGUUGACAUUAUUAUGUGGUGACUGAGAUUGACGUUAUUAAGAGAUGACUGAGUUUGACAGUAUAGAGGUGACUUGGUUGACAAUAUUAAGAGGUGACUGAGGUUGACAGUAUUGAGGUCACGGAGGUUGACACUGUUAAGAGGUGACUUCAGUUGUUAGUGUUGAAAGCUGAUGGAAUGAAGGACAUCCGUUGACAGCAGAACACACGUAUGAACAAGUGACCAUUAGACCCAUGUACCAGUCCUGUAGAUCUGACGGCUGUGACGAAUAAGAAGAAAACUUUUACCUCACCGAAUUACCCGGACAAAUACCCGAAUAAUGCGAUGUGUGUGUGGCGAAUCUCAGCGGCAUCAACCGAUGAUGUCAUCAAAGUGGAGGUGGAGAAUUCCAAACUGGAGAAACAGUUUGGGGCAUACGGUUGUGCUUUUGAUUAUGUGGCGGUUUAUGAUGGAUUAGGGACAUUCCACAAGAAGCUGGGCCAGUGGUGUGGUGACUCGAAGCCCUCUUUCGUCAGCUCAGGGAGCACCAUUACCGUUGUGUUUCACAGCGACAGAUCCUAUGGUACUUCCGGUUUUGAGAUAUCGUAUGUGUCCGGACCUGCAGAAAAUUUUCGGGAAGACGCACGGUCGAGCCGCGGGAUAACAACGAUGGGUAUGAUAGGUUACCUGGUGCUGGUUCUGGCUAUCCUCUGCGGUUCCAUGUUAGCCAUUCGCGUCGUUCUCAACAAAAUCCGCUGGUGUAAAUGUAUGGAGAGGCCACGCCAACGGGCCAGUUCUAUAUUCAUACGACGGCAGAGAAGAACUGCUUCCCAUCAAACCAGGAGGUCGUCUACUGCCAGGGAUAUAUUCGUUUUGCCCGUGUACCCGCCCUCGUACGAGGAAUGUAGGAGAGAUUUGGACGGGUCACCCCCACCAUAUUCUGCUAUAGAAUUAACUCCGGUGACUCCGAUUCCGGAGACAUCACCGCAAGUUGUUCAUGACAAUCCAGCUUUUGACUUGGACAGGGGGUUAGAGUUGUCGCCCCCUCCACCGUACGAGGAGACAUCUGCUGAUAUUCAGGGCUAUGUUCAAAGUGCCGCCAACGGCAAUGCUCACCUUUCCAACAACGACAUUGUUGAAAGUUCCAACAACGCCAGCGUUCGAAGUUUCAACCAAGACAAUAUUCAAAGCUCUAACAAUGACAAUGUUCAAAGAUCCAAUAAUGGUAAUGUCGAAAGUUCAAGCAAUGUUGCUACUACCACUAACUCAUCAUCAGAUACGGGAACCCCUGCUCAUGGCGACACCGAUGUAGUAUAAUUGUAUUGUGAUCUCUUUUGAAAUCAAGGUCACAUUUGCAUUUUUUACUAUGAAUUUCCCCUAGUAAAGUUCCAAACGGAAGCUCCAAAAGAAAAUGUUAUUCCCUAAACGAUAUUAUCCUGAAAAGAGUCUCUGUAGGGAUCAGAUCUUUCCGAUCUGUUCUUCAUGUGCAGAAUUCGUACAAUACUGGCGGAUAACAUCAGUGAAAGAUAUGAGCAUACCUUGUUGAGGAUCAAUUACACUUAAUUCUUGUGCUAUUGGCGUUGCAUUACUUGACGCAAACGGAAAUCUUUUUGACGAUGUCAACAUCUUUGUGUACAGAAAAACCUCUGCAUUAGGAGGCAAUAGUGUUCAACGGUCUAUGAGGAAGGGGUUUCGUAUAAAUGUGACAGCUCAUUCUGUGGAAUUUCCCUUUCAAAUGAGUUUUCCGCCAAAUAUAUGGACGAAUAUACAGAUUAUGCGCAAUCCAUACCUGAUAACUUUCA